AGGGGCAUGAGUCUGGGAGAGUUGGGGCUGCGUUAAAAGCCAUCAUAUGCUGCAGUGUCUCCUCUGGCCGAUCUGUGCAGGCCACUGAGGGCGCUGCUUCCUCCUCUCUCUCUUCCUGCCCCGCACCCGGGGCUUUGGGUGCAUGCAGGGAGCUGGGAUCUGCCGAGAUCUGCUGAGGUGGGUGUGUUCCAUCUGCCCGGAGCCAGUCCUACCGGCCCAGCCCGGCCCAGAACAGGCAGAAGCCAGCCGAGCAGCAAGCAGCGGCGGAGCCACACUGGCCAGCACAGAUGAAGAAACUGAGAGUUCGAGAGGUCAAAUAAUCCAGCUGAACUGGGGCGCUCUCACCACAAACCCAACCCACACAGGAGCAAAGGUCUCCACUCCGAUGAAGCUGUGACCAAAGGCAUCUAACCCCCCACAGCCAUCUGGCCUGCAGCCACAGCCCACGCGCCCAUGCCUGGCCUCCCCUUGCUCUGGGACUGUCACUGUGCAGCCUCCAAGCCCCCCGCCCUGGAGACUGGAGAUGAACGCGACGCCAGGACACAGGGGCGCCCCAUGAUGCCCCCCGCCUAGCUCCUCCUCGCCUUUUGGCAAGAAGAUGGCCAACUCCUCGGCCAACGACUCUAUUCCCCGGUGCCUUGACCACCAGCGCAUCCACCACCUGCACUUGGUGGUCUACAGCCUGGUGCUGGCGGCAGGCCUCCCCCUCAACGCCCUGGCCCUCUGGGUCUUCCUGCGCGCACUACGCCUGCACUCGGUGGUGAGCGUGUACAUGUGCAACCUGGCGGCCAGCGACCUCCUCUUCACCCUCUCGCUGCCCUUGCGCCUCUCCUACUACGCGCGGCACUACUGGCCCUUCCCGAACCUCCUGUGCCAGCUGGCGGGCGCCAUAUUCCAGAUGAACAUGUACGGCAGCUGCAUCUUCCUGACCCUCAUCAACGUGGACCGCUACGCCGCCAUCGUGCACCCGCUGCGGCUGCGCCACCUGCGGCGGCCCCGCGUGGCGCGGCUGCUCUGCCUGGGCGUGUGGGCGCUCAUCCUGAUGUUCGCCGUGCCCAUCGCGCUGGUGCACCGGCCCUCGCACUGCACCCGCGACGGCCGCCUGGUGAACCUGUGCUUCGAGAGCUUCAGCGACGAGCUGUGGAAGGGCAAGCUGCUGCCGCUCGUGCUACUGGCCGAGGUCCUGGGCUUCCUGCUGCCCCUGGUGGCCGUGAUCUACUCGUCGGGCCGCGUCUUCUGGACCCUGGGGCGGCCCGACGCCACGCUGAGCCAGCGGCGGCGGAAGACGGUGCGCCUCCUGCUGGCCAGCCUGGUCAUCUUCCUGCUGUGCUUCGUGCCCUACAACACCACGCUGGCCGUGUACGGGCUGCUGCGUGGCUCUGUGGUGCCGGCCAGCGGGGCUGCGCGCAGCCAGGUGCGUGGGGUGCUGAUGGUCAUGGUGCUGCUGGCCGGCGCGAACUGCGUGCUCGACCCGCUGGUGUACUACUUCAGCGCCGAGGGUUUCCUCAACACCCUGCGCGGCCUGAGCGCUCCGCUGGGGGCCAGGACCUCGGCCUCCAACGAGGUUCCGGGGUCGCUCGUCGAACCGCCCACUGAGACCACCCACGUCGCCAGGCCGGCCGCCGCCAGCCAGAGCCUACUCCAGCUCUCCGACCCCCGGUCCUCCUUCACCCGGUGCCCCGAGGAUUCGUCCCUCUGAACGCACUUCGUACCGGAGUGCGGUUCCCUCACCCCACCCCCGCGCCUCUCACACUCGCAGACACGCGGGGUGUACACAGGAGGGCGGUGGGUUGGGCACUUGGACUUCUGAGUAGCAGCUCCAGCUCACAGAUGCAGAAGAGAACAAAGUGUGGGGGCCAGGGGCACGGGGAAGGAGGAGCGCUGCUGGAAGUGUCUUUAACUGGGUGGUGACGGUGAGCGCGGGAGGACCCCUUCCCCAGUCCCUAGGAAGUGCUGCUGUGAGCCUGCCGGUGCAGAGGCGGGAGACUGGUUGAAAUACCCUUGGCUGGGCAUGAAACAUGGCCCAUGGCCCAUAGCUGGUAGCUGGCGUAGAAGACAGGUGUCCUGCAUUUAGACCAACCACAGCAGUCUUGGGGCCAUGAACGCCACCCAUUCCCCUUUCCACCUGGGCUCCUUCUGCCCAGCUCUGAAACAUAAUACAAAAGCCUAUUAGAUGCCUGCGGAAUUGGUUUCCUUCUUGUCUAGUGACUUUUAACAAUUUCGAUCUGACUUAGGUGAUUGGGGGCAGGGCGAAACUGUGAGUUAGAGGAGGUUUUCCUCCAAGUUCCUGGUCCCUGUUCCCCUUUCUAGGUCCUGCCUUCUCCUUCCACCUCACCUCCUUUCAAGAUCUCCAUUCUAGAUCCUCAGUUCUCUCUUAAGGAGAACAUUCUCUGUACUAACAGUUCUCAAACUUUUUGAUCUCAGACCCCUUUACACUCUUGAAAAUGGAGAAUUCCAAAGAGCUUUUGCUUAUACAGUAGUUUGUUUUUUUGAUACUUAACCAUAUUAGAAAUAAAAAACAAUACGUUUUUUAAAACAGAAAUACACAAGCACACAUUCCAAUAGCUAUGAGAGCAACAAUGUCAUCACACUUCAUGAAGCCCCUGGAAAACUCCACUGUCUACUUGUGAGAGAAUGAGUGAAAAGGACAAAAUGACAUCUUAGUAGUAUUAUUAUGAAAAGUUUUGGCCUCGUGGAUUUCCUCAAAGAAUCCAUCCCCAGAUCACACUUGGAGAGUCAUAUUUGUACUGAAGUAUUAGAGUCGUGUAACAUCUUCCCAAGCCAUUAUAUGCAUUGUUUUUUAUUGCUGCAAGGAGAGGGUUGUCUGCUAAUUGUAGUCUGUAAGGCUUGGGGUUUUCUGGGGGGUGAGUAGGAGCUGCACACCCAGUGAACACUACUGGGGCUUCCUGGAGCUGCAGUGGGAAGUGGGGGUGGAAUUAGUCACACAUACACUCAGGAGGAGGUGGGGGGCUUCUCUGGGCAGGGAGAAGGGAAGAAGUUUACAGGGAAGUAAGAGUGCAAUGGACAGGAAGACAGGAAUAGGCUGAAUGCUCUUAGCAAGCUGGAGGUAAGGAAAUGGAAGUCUGGUUUACAGGUCACCUACGGCUUCCUGCCCUCUUUAGUGGAGUUGAGGCUGGAAGGGAUGGCAGAGUUGGCACUAUGACAUCUUGAGACCCUGACGUUAGUGAGAUUCGUGAGGGAGUUGGGGCCAGGCACGUGUCCUGCAUGCAUUUCUGCCCCUAUAUUUCUCAGUGUUGUAUAUGUUUCUGUGUAUGUGCAUGUGCAUGUACGUGUGUGUGACAGUGUCCGAGUUUUCCCUGGCGUGUCUCUGUGUAUUUUACUUUGGACUAAGCCUUUUGUGUGUCUUUCUGUGAUCGCUCCAGAUGGUGAUUUACAAGGGUAAAAUGACCCCUGGUGGCCAAACCGAGAACUGACCCAGAUUCCUCAGUGAUAGCGGUGCAGUCGGGUUUUCCUCCAUCUGGCGGGAGGUUAGAGCCCUCACCUCCUGCUGCUCUAGAGGAGGCCUGGUGGUAAGCACCUGCUCCUUCUUGCCUCAUCCUUAGGGUUCAGGACCCACGCCCUUCCAGUCCUGGGGGCACCAAAUGUCAUCAUCGUCCAAAAUCUCAGCACCUGCCCUAUCCAAACUGAACACAUUUUUAAAAAAUUACUUGAGUAUUUUUAUAUGCAGAUAUGUGAAUGAAUUCCAAAGUAAUUAAAACUCAUAGCAAGUAUCGUCUAACAUACUAUAUAGUUUACUUAUUUAUUUAUUAUAACUUUUAUAGUUUAUUGUCUAUCCCCCCUCACCCCUCAAGUAGGAUGUACACUCCCUGGGGCCAGGAAUUUUUGUUUGGUCAGUUCUCUGAUGUAUCCCCAGCAUCUAGAACAGCACCUGGGUA